AUGCAGACGGUUAACAAUUGGGCGGAGCAGGGCAAGGCUGUGCUCGGCGUGGCCUGUGGCGGUGUGCUGGCUACGGGCGAGACCGUAGCUGGCACCCUUGCCGAGCUGUGGGAGGCUCUCCCUGCCGCAAAGAGCCGCCUGGCAAACGGGAUGGCUCAAGUUGUCAACGGUGAUGUGGACCAGCUGCCGGGGAAGCUUGCAAACGUCCUGGAUGUGCCGUGGGAGGAUGCUCGCCUCGACACCGACUCGCUGCUGAGCCUCGCCCUCGGCUACGCUGUCAUCAUUGCCGCCGCUCUGCUCAUCUGCCUCAUCAUCCACUUUCCGUCGGUGCUGUACAAGAUGCGGCUGUACGCGCAGGGCAUGAUGCACCUGCUGUUCUCUACCGACAAGAAGUGGAAGCCGUACGCGACGCCUGCGGUGCCACCGGCAGAGGCCGGUUAUGUCCCGUUCCGCGACAUUGUGUUUGUGCGGCAUGGUGAGUCGACGUGGAACGACACGUUCAACCGGUCGAAGAACCCGAUCUACUUUAUCCCGCGGCUGAUCAAGGCGUGGGCAUACGAGUCGUGGCUCUUUGUCUCAGGCCGGUGCGACUCGUGGUUCUACGACUCCCCGCUCUCGGCACACGGAACGGGACAGGCCGAAGAGCUGGCGGCGUUCCUGGCAUCGGCCAUCCCGCUGCAGGACUACACCGCCAAGCAGUCCAAGUUUGUGACCAUGCUCAAGGGCGGCGGCACUCCGGCGGUCCACGCGGUCUCCAACCUCCGCCGCGCCAUCUCGACCAACGCCAUCGCGCUCCAGGAGCGCCUCCGAGUCACCGGCGAGAAGAUGGUCAUGCUGCCGGCGCUGCAGGAGAUCUCGCGCAACAUCGACACGCUCUCGCUCACCCCGCCGGGCACCACGCCUGUCCCGUCGUGGGUCGACGCUAGCCACCCGAGCCUUGACCUCGGCGCUGUCUUUGCCGACCAGAUCGACGCUUCGCUCCACAAUGGCAACAAGCCGGUCCGCUCGUGCGGCCUCGACCGGCUUGUUGGCUUUUGCGACUGGGCCUUUGACCAGCGGAAGACAAACAUCAUUGUCGGCGGUCACUCGCUCUGGUUCCGCGCCUUCUUCAACGAAUUUCUUCCGGCUUCGUCGACCUUUGCGGGCAAGAGCGCCAAGCUUCGCAACGCCGGCGCUGUCGGCUUUACCCUCCUCCGCCUCCGCCGGUCCGACGACUCGUUCGCCUACGCCAUCGACGAGUCCUCCAUCACCGAGAUUCACGGCGGGUUUGACGUCAAGAAGUCCAAGUCCAAGUAA